GCGAGAUCGGCUCCAGUCGAGAAACCGCAAAACGAUGGGCGUGCCCACUUCGGCCACGGAGCGAUGGCUCCAUUGGACGGCGAAGACCCAGGAGCCCGUGGAUGCUGAGGAGUUCCCCAAGACCUUCAGCCUGGAGGGGCCCAUCCCUUACUGGCGGGUCGGCUCGUCAGAGGUGAAGUCAGCCUACAUGGGCGUCAGCGGCAGCUUGCUGAUCAUGGGGCCCAAGUGGAACGUGGUGCACGACUUCCUGGACUUGUCUCACCUUGUGAGCUCCGUCAUGGGCUCCAUGGUUUGCUUGUCCGGUGGCCGCGGAGGGGGAAAGGACAUCGUGAUGCGGCUCUUCCUGGCAGACCCCAGCAGCGCGCAGCAGUGGGCAGAGCAGCUGACCGCCGGGAGCUUCAAGCAGGUGACAUCCACGUACAUUGACCAGCUGAAGGAGUUGAUCUUAAAGAACCAGAAGGCGGCCCGGCGCCAGCUCUGGGCGGCCCGCUUCGGGCGGCUCAUGGAGAGCCUCUGUAGGGAUGCGGACGCGGAGCGGCGGUUGCCGCAGGUCCAGACUCCGACCAGCACCACUCUGGAGGGAGCGGACCACAGCUUUGUGGGCCGCUACUACAUGAAGAGCAGCUGCCGGGAGGGCACCGGCAAGAUCUUCAUCCACGGCGACACGCUCAUCUUCCAGACCCCCACCGGUGAGAAAUCCGUGAGCCGUAUCGGGGUUCCCUUGACAGGCUGCACGGCCACCACGGCGUCCUUCAUGGUCUCUGCGCGGGGUCCCGAGGGCCUGGCGUUGGUGCGGCUCUGGCUCAAGGACGCCGAGGAGGCGGAGCAAAUGGCAGCGGCGAUCGGCACCACUGGCAAGGCCUCCUCGGACCUCAUCCAGCGCAAGACCCUCUCCGGCGCCUCCACCAUGAGGCGGCAGAUGGGGAGGGCUGCCUAUGGCCUCUGCGCGGCGGUGGCUCAGGUUCCUCAGUCCCUGCGGAGGAAGCUGGUGCCCGAGUGCAACUGCUUUGCACGGAAGAAGAAGACCAGGAGCGUUGCCACCAGCAACAACUUCCGGCUGGACGGGCGGUGCUGCAUUCUACCGGCGAAGACCACGGAGGUCCGGGCCUGCCACGCCACCCUGCGGGGCGACGCCUUGUGGACGGGGCAGAAGGCCGGAGCCAGCGACCAGGUGCUCAGCGUGAUCAACGCCUCCGCGGUGGCGACGGCCGACAUGGUGGCCAUCCGCACCCGGAACGGAGACCUGCACAGGCUCUUCCCGGACGACCAUGCGGGCUCGGCCAGCCAGUGGUGCCAAGCUAUCCAGGCGGCCGGCAAGAUGUCCAAGGACCUCGGGAAGUGGGAGGCCAACCUGCGUUCGGCCUUCUACAAGGACACCGCCAAGGAGAAGGUUCAGAAGCUGGCGCGAUGGAGGAGAUUCAGGAACUUGGGUCAGCGCCUCGUCUCCGGCGCCUCCAAACUCACAGGCUGGCUAUCCUGGGAACAUCAGCUCACGGGCAUGGAGGUGCUUAUGGCGUGGCAAGCGCUCUCCGUCAUCCAGGCGGACGCCGUUGCACCCACCACCAAGGC